AUGGAUUACCACCAUGCUGUUGUUGACAUGAUGUUGGGUGGUAAACUCCAUUUGACACCCCUUGAUUUUAACAAAGUAAAAAAGGUUCUCGAUGUUGGAACAGGCACAGGUGCCUGGGCCAUUGACUUUGCGGACGCCCACCCCGAUGUCGAAGUCAUCGGCACUGAUAUUACGCCCAUCCAGCCCACAUUUGUCCCUCCCAACCUGAGAUUUGAGAUCGACGAUGCAAAUCUUGAUUGGACUUUCCGCGAUAACACAUUCGACUACAUUCACAUCCGGUUCCUCGUUGGCUGUAUCGCCGAUUGGUACAAACUUUUCCGCGAGGCUUUUCGUACCCUCAAACCCGGUGGCUGGUUAGAAACCCAUGAACCAACCCUCCGGUGGGUAGGGGAUCGUCCAAUCGAUCCUAAAAGUGCAACUGGCCAGUUCCACCAAAUUUUCUGGGAGGCAGGGAAGAAGUUUGGACGUACAUUCCGUGUUUUCGAAGAAGAAAUCCAGAAGAAGGCAAUGGAGGCAGCAGGGUUCGUCAACAUCAUGGUCACAGAUAUUCGAUGCCCAAUCGGUUCCUGGCCCGAAGAUCCAGAAAAGAAGGAACUGGGCACUGUCACUCAGGUUGCAUUCCUAGGAGACUUGGACGCCUGCGGUCUCUUUACAGCCAUGUACUUUGGCUCUUUGAUGGUCUGUUAG